UGUCGGCUUCCUACAAGUGAAGACGAGGAAGGAUGCUCUCCACGUCCUUGAUUAUGGAGUACUUGGCUCAUCCUGGCACACUCAGCUUGGCUGCUGGAGUUGCUUGUGGUGUGUGCCUGGGGUGGAGCCUCCGGGUUCGAUUUGGGAUGGUCCCUAAAAACUUGACCACUGAGACAAACACAGACACCGGAACUGAAGCAAGCAUCUUGGGAGAGAGUGGGGAGUACAAAAUGGUUCUUGUGGUCCGAAAUGACUUAAAGAUGGGAAAAGGAAAAGUCGCUGCCCAGUGUUCUCAUGCUGCUGUUUCUGCCUACAAGCAAAUUCAAAAGAGAAAUCCUAAAGUGCUCAAGGAGUGGGACUAUUGUGGCCAGCCCAAAGUGGUGGUCAAAGCCCCUGAUGAAGAAACCCUGAUUGAAUUAAUGACCCAUGCAAAAAUGCUAGGACUGACUGUAAGCUUAAUCCAAGAUGCUGGACGUACUCAGAUUGAACCGGGUUCUCGAACUGUUCUAGGCAUUGGGCCAGGACCAGCAGAUCUAAUUGACAAAGUUACUGGUCACCUAAAACUUUACUAGGUGGGCUUUUGUAUGACCAUGAUCCUAUCAUAGGUGUUUGAAGCCUGUCAGAUUCUAACAAUAAAAGUUCAAUUUCUCCUCAAUUUAACUGUUCUUGAGAUGAAAAUAAAAUCCAUUCCUAUGUUG